AUGGCGUUCAACCCGUUCCUGAGUCGUCCCGAUCUAGCACUUCUGCCCUUCAUGGGUCACCUACCGACUCUACCAGGGGCUCCGGGUUUCUUUCCCCGUCUUCCACCUGAUUUACCGGAUAUGCGAGCCCGUAAUGAUGACGACGGUGUACAAGAUGAUCCACAGGUCGAACUGGACGACAAGGAGCUCUGGAAUUCGUUCAAUUCAUGUGGCACUGAAAUGGUGAUUACCAAAAGUGGGAGACGUAUAUUCCCAGCGUUUCGUGUGAAGAUCAGUGGUCUCGACAAGAAGAGCAAGUACAUUUUCCUGAUGGAUUUAGUACCUGCCGAUGAAUGCCGUUAUAAGUUCAACAAUAGCAGGUGGAUGGUCGCUGGAAAGGCCGACCCUGAAAUGCCAAAACGGAUGUACAUCCAUCCAGACUCACCUGCCACAGGUGAGCAUUGGAUGGCUAAAGGAGCCAACUUCCACAAGCUCAAACUCACCAACAACAUCUCGGAUAAGCAAGGAUAUACCAUCCUGAACUCGAUGCACAAGUAUCAGCCACGAUUGCAUAUUGUUCGAUGUGCUGAGAUUAUGAACCUUCCCUAUUCGACGUUUCGGACGUUCGUUUUCAAAGAGACCGAAUUCAUCGCUGUGACGGCCUAUCAAAAUGAAAAGGUCACUCAACUGAAGAUCGACCAUAACCCAUUUGCCAAGGGAUUUCGUGAUGCUGGAGCAGGAAAGCGUGAGAAAGAAACGGCUGCUUCAGAAUCAUGCUCGAGAACAGCUAUCACCACGUUCCUCGUCCGCACAUCCGUCAGAAGACGCUUCUGA